GCAGAGAUUGGACGCAUAGCGAUUAGCGGCUUCAAAACAGCUGAAAACGGCGUGAGACAGCGUGAAGCAAAUUUUUGGGCUUAACGGGUUUUAAUAUUGCAAAAAAAAAAUGUCUUCUCUAACAAAACCCAAGUCUGAGAUGACUCCGGAGGAAUUAGCAAAGAGGGAAGAAGAAGAAUUUAACACCGGACCACUCUGUGUUCUGACACAAUCGGUUAAAAAUAAUACACAAGUAUUGAUAAACUGUCGGAACAACAAGAAACUUCUUGGACGAGUAAAAGCAUUUGACAGGCAUUGCAAUAUGGUUCUGGAGAAUGUUAAAGAAAUGUGGACUGAACAACCACGCACAGGAAAGGGCAAGAAAAAGGCAAAACCAGUAAACAAAGAUAGAUAUAUUCCAAAAAUGUUUCUACGUGGAGAUUCUGUUAUCUUGGUGCUCAGGAAUCCACUGGCAUCUGCCGCAGGAAAGUAAUAAAUUAAGAGAAAAAUGUUUCAUAAAAUCUAUCUACAAAAAAAAAAGAAUAAAAUUUUCAUGUAUAAGACUGCACAAUAUCAUUGACGUUUGAACACAA